AUGACAACUUUCUCCUCUGUUGUGGGUUUCGCCAAGCACUUAAAAAGAGACAGACAACAAAGGAGAGAAGAAAAAGAGCAUAACAAGAAAGCCCAGACAGUGGAAGGGUUUAGUGGUCAGUGUAAGCUCGGGUUCCACGGUUGCUAUCAUUGCAAAGACGUUGGUCAUAUAAAGGCAAACUGCCCAAAGUUGCGACAUAAUUUCAGUGGGGGAUCAGCUCGUCCUUCUAGUUCCUCAUCUACUACAGUGGCACCACCUCAGGCUUGUGGUUCUCAAAAUCAGACCGGGCAUGGGGCAGGCAGAGGUGCAGAUCGAGUUACUCAGGGAGGGGGGACAACCCUGUUUGUUUGCUAUACUUGA